AUGGAUACCUGGCUCUCCUGGUUAAAGAAGAACCAAGUUAUGUUUGACUCACACCGACUAAAACCGGUGGUCGCCAUCUGCUCUGAUGAGGCGUCACGGGAUUCGGAACGAAACCACCUUCCUCCCACCACCACCACCCUCCUUAGCUUGCCUAUGAUAGCCCUGUUCGGGGACGGCAUAACCCUGGCUCCAGUAUCCCCGCGA